CACAGACCUUAUACUGUUAUAGAUCUGUGUUUGUGUCUUAUCGAAGACGUUACUCAAAAUCAAGCUUAACUUAGGUAAGUUCUGACACCCUACAUCUGGGCAAGUUUAUCAAACUCACCACACGCCCCCCUCCCCCACCGAAGAACCAUUGUGAAACUUGGACUCAAAGUGAAAGGUCUUUGACUCCCAGUGUUCUACGGAAGAGGUACUUACAACACACAGGAGCCACAAGUAUCAGCAGGGAGACAUACCAACAGCUCAUCGACAUCGCAACAGAACUGUUUAAAGCCAUGAGUCAAGAGGAAUCCUCUGAAGGUGUUACCACUAAGAAGACCGGUCAGAAGAAAGGCAAGAAGAGCUCCAUCGGCCUGAGUGGGUACAGCUGUGACAAUGAAGAAGACAUAGAAGACAGUACAGAGACAAGCGACAGACACAAGAAGAGGAGGAAGAGGAAGUUACAGUCCACCAGUGAAGAGUCGUCUGGCAGCUCAGACAAUGACUCGGACCAAGAGGUGGGGAAGAGAAGAAAAAAGAAGAGGAAAAAAGAGGAGACAGCUGUCAAACCUGUUAAAAAGGUAGCUAAAAAGAAUGGCUACAGCAGUGAUAAUGAGGAAACUCCACAGAACUCGCCCACAAAAUCACCCAAGGCAGCCUCGAAAAAGACCAAGAAGAAGACUGCACUGGAAAGUGGGAGUGAGGAAAGCGGUGAAGACCUCGGAGCUGUGAAACAAGGAGAUGGGGAACAGGCAGAAGGAUCUGAAGAGGAAAAGGUAGUUGAUGAAAAGGUAGGAGAUGAAAUUGAAGACCAAUCAGAUUCAGAAGAAAAGAUGUCUGAAGGAGAGAAGAAUGACGAUUCUGGGGCCGAGAAGAUGACUUCAGACAAGGAUCAGUCAGAAAAGUCACCCACAAAGGACAACAAGAAAGGUCAAGUAAAGAGACAGAAGAUGUCCGAUGAGUCCUCAGAUUCAGAUGAUGAGCCACUUUCAAAGCAUAAGAAAGGGAAAGGAAAACAUCAGGGGUCAAGUAAUGAGUCUUCUGACUCAGAUAAAGAACCACCAGUGAAGAAAAACAAGAAAAAACAAGUAAAAAGUCAGAAGUCAAAAGAGGAGUCUUCAGAUUCAGAUGAUGAGCCACUUUCAAAGCAUAAGAAAGGGAAAGAAAAAAGUCAGGGGUCAAGUAAUGAGUCUUCUGACUCAAAGUCAGAUGAUGAACCACCAGUGAAGAAAAACAAGAAAAAGCAAGUGAAAAAUCAGUCAAAAGAUGAAUCCUCAGAUGAUAAGCAACUUUCAAAGCCUAAAAAAGGGAAAGGAAAAAGUCAGGAAUCAAGUAACUCAGAGUCAGAUGACGAACCACUGGUGAAGGAAAACAAGAAAAAGCAAAUGAAAAAGCAGAAGUCAAAAGAUGAGUCCUCAGAUUCAGAUGACGAGCCACUUUCAAAGAAGGAAAAUCUGAAGAAGUCUGAGGCAUCCGACUCAGAUGAGCAGCCACUGAUCCCUAAGACAAGUGGAAGCAGUGAGAAGGAGAACAGGAGAAGGAAGUCUGACUCCUCAGACUCCAGGGGAAGGAAGGAGAAGACAAGAAAGCCAGGAUUGAAGAGUAAGAACACAGGAGAUGCAUCAGGUAGUGACAGUUCAUCAGAUUCCUCUGGACCAGAUGACAGGAAUCCUAUUCCAAAGAAAAGCAGCAGCAGUGAAGGAAGAAGAAGCAGUGGUGGUGGGAAAAGGAAAGAGAAAGAGUCCAAACAGCCAAGCAAGAGCAAAAAUGCAGAGCAACAGGAGGCGAAAAUUGAGCGCUUGAAGCGUUACAUCCGUGCGUGUGGUGUGCGCAUCCCAAAUUACAAGAAACUGUUUGAGGGCUGCUCUCGUAACAAGCAGAAGAUCGCACGUUUGGAGGAGGAACUCGAGAGACUUGGUGUAGAAGGUAACCCCUCCCUGGAGAAGUGUAAGAAAGUUAAGGAGCGUCGGGAGGAAGAACAGGAGUUAGCAGCACUGGACGCUGACAACAUCAUCACUUCUGACAGAGGUCGUCCCAAGAGGAAUGUCCACAGUGUUUAUCUGAAGAACAGUCCCAGGAAGGCCAGGAAAGUGGAGGAACCGGAAGAGUCCGAGUCAGACGAGGACAGCACUACUGGGAACAACCCAUUUGCUAACCUGAAUGGGAUCAUCAGUGAUGAUGGGAGUGACUAGAGCAUUCUGUGUGAAACAGUUCUCAAAAUCUGCCCUUUUCUUAACCUUAGGGCUGUGUAUACUAUUGUAUUAGCAUUGAAACAUUGCAGUUGUGUUUUCAUGAAGGGUUGAAUGCAUGAAGUUUGAAUUUAUUUGGAAAAGUACUAGAUCAUUGACAGAUGGGAGAUUAUUGGCAGAGAGACUAAAUAAUAUGUUAGAAAUUAUUGAUAUGAUCAGAGUUAUUCAGCAGAAUUUGUCAUGUUUAUAUAUAGUCUAAAAGACUUUGUGAAAGUUGCACAUAAAGUUGUACAAAAGUAUACAUUUACCCUUGUUACAUCACUCAGUCUCUGAAUAGAGCUUGUCAUUCAUAGCAUCUUGACAUAUACCUGUUGCCUUAUUGUUGAAGUGAAUUUGUUGAAGUGAAAAUUCAACUUUGGUUUUCAUCCUGGAAGUCUCUGUAGUUGAGUUACUGGUACCAUUGUGUAAGAAGGUAUCCAAAUACCAUUGUGUGUUAAGAGUUGCAAAUAAAACUUACUAUACUGU